GCAACCGAGCAAACUACAGCCAGCAGCAGCACCAGAGGGCAGUUCCUUCCUCAGCAUGGCCCCCUUGGCCUGGGCCGUCUGCUGCCUCGUGGGGGCCCUCCUGCUCCGAGAGGGCAGCCCCAGCCCCGUCCCCAGUGCCAGUGUGCCCCGCCUGCGGCUCUCCUACCGAGACCUUCUGUCUGCCAAUCGCUCUUCGAUCUUUCUGGGCCCCCGAGGUUCCCUGGACCUCCAGGCCAUGUACCUGGAUGAGUAUCGGGACCGCCUCUUUCUGGGGGGCCGCAAUGCUCUCUACUCUCUGCGGCUGGACCAGGCAUGGCCUGACCCUCGGGAGGUCCUGUGGCCACCGCAGCCAGGACAGAGGGAGGAAUGCAUUCGAAAGGGAAGAGAUCCUUUGAUGGAGUGUGCCAACUUUGUACGGGUGCUGCAACCCCACAACCGGACUCACCUGCUGGCAUGUGGCACUGGGGCCUUCCAGCCCAUCUGUGCCCUCAUCGCCGUUGGGCAUCGUGGGGAGCAUGUGCUCCACCUGGAGCCCGGCAGUGUGCAAAGUGGACGGGGACGGUGCCCGCACGAGCCCAGCCGUCCCUUCGCCAGUACCUUUGUAGGUGGGGAGCUGUACACGGGCCUCACUGCUGACUUCUUGGGGCGUGAGGCUAUGAUCUUCCGAAGUGGGGCUUCCCGACCAGCUCUGCGUUCAGACUCUGAUCAAAGUGUCCUGCAUGACCCUAGGUUUGUGAUGGCCACACGGAUCCCUGACAACCCUGACCAGGACAAUGACAAAGUGUACUUCUUUUUCUCGGAAACUGUCCCAUCACCUGAUGGUGGCCCAGGCCAUGUCACUGUCAGCCGUGUGGGCCGCGUCUGUGUGAAUGAUGCUGGUGGCCAGCGGGUGCUGGUGAACAAAUGGAGCACCUUCCUCAAGGCCAGGCUGGUCUGCUCUGUGCCUGGCCCUGGAGGUGCCGAGACCCACUUUGACCAGCUGGAGGAUGUGUUCUUGCUGUGGCCCAAGGCAGGAAAGAAUGUUGAAGUGUACGCGCUGUUCAGCACUGUCAGUGCUGUGUUCCAGGGCUUCGCCGUCUGUGUAUACCACAUGGUGGACAUCUGGGAGGUCUUCAAUGGGCCCUUUGCCCACCGAGAUGGUCCUCAGCACCAGUGGGGACCCUAUGGGGGCAAGGUACCCUUCCCCCGCCCUGGUGUGUGCCCCAGCAAAAUGACCGCGAAGCCAGGACGACCUUUUGGCAGCACCAAGGACUACCCAGAUGAGGUGCUGCGGUUUGUCAGGGCUCACCCCCUCAUGUUCCAGCCUGUACGGCCUCGGCGUGGCCGGCCUGUCCUCAUCAACACUAACCUGGCCCAGAUGCCGCGGCAGAUCGUGGUAGACCGCGUGGAGGCAGAAGAUGGGACCUAUGAUGUCAUUUUCCUGGGGACUGACUCAGGCUCUGUGCUCAAGGUCAUGGCUCUCCAGGCUGCAGGCUCAGCUGAGCCUGAAGAGUUACUUCUGGAGGAGCUCCAGGUGUUCAAGGUGCCAACGCCCAUCACUGAGAUGGAGAUCUCUGUCAAAAGGCAAAUGCUGUAUGUGGGUUCUCUGCUGGGUGUGGCCCAGAUGCGGCUGCACCAGUGUGAGGCCUAUGGCAGUGCCUGUGCCGAGUGCUGUCUGGCUCGGGACCCUUACUGUGCCUGGGAUGGUGUCUCCUGCACCCGAUACCGCCCCAGCCUGGGCAAGCGCCGGUUCCGUCGGCAGGACAUCCGGCAUGGCAACCCUGCUGUACAGUGCCUGGGUGAGAGGCAGGAUGAGGAGACUCCAGGAUUGGUGGCCAACACGGUCUAUGGCACGGAGCACAACAGCACCUUCCUGGAGUGCCUGCCCAAAUCUCCCCGGGCUGUCGUGCGCUGGUUCUUGCAGAGGUCAGAGGAUGAGGGGCCUGACCAGGUGAAGACUGAUGAGCGAGUCUUGCAAACAGAGCAGGGGCUGCUGUUCCGCAGACUCAGCCGCCUCGAUGCUGGAACCUACACCUGCACGACACUGGAGCACGGCUUCUCCCAGACUGUGCUCCGCCUGGCUCUGGAGGUGAUUGGGGCUGCACAGCUGGAUCGUCUGUUCCCGGGAAAGCCGAGACUGGAGGAACGCCCAGCCCAGAGAGGCCUGACCUCUGCCCUCCCCAAGGGGUGGUAUAAAGACGUCCUGCAGCUCACUGGCUUUGCCCAUCUGCCGCAGGUGGAUGAGUACUGUGAGCGUGUAUGGUGCAGAGGCAUUGGGGAGCGUUCAGGCUCUUUCCAAAGCCAGGGGAAACAGGCCAAGGGCAAAAAUUGGGCAGGGCUGGUGCUGGGCAAGAAGGUAAAGAGUCGGGGCCAGGCUGAGCGCAAUCGGACACCUCGGGAGGUGGAGGCCACAUAGAGGAGGGCCAUGGAGAGGGGGGUGGUCCGGAUGGGCUGGGAAACCCAGCAGUAACCUCCAGUAUCUCUCACCCCUCCAUCUAUGGCAGAGGGAACCAGGUUGCCUGAUUGCCUCUUAGGGACUCACAGGAAAGACUGGUGGCCCAAGUGAAGGGCCCUAUGCCUGAGGCCUGUUUCCUGCCCCUCUUUGUGUUCUCAGUCUCAGACUGAAGCUGGUACACUCAGGCCCCUGGCAGCCCCGAGGGAGCUGCCAUUUGUUCUCAGAGUUGGCCUGGCUUCCGGAGCGCAUUUCUAGUGGUGCCCAAGGCAAGAGGGUAGGGUGGUUCUUUUCCAGCCUGCAGAACAAUGGGCAUUCUAAGUAACCCUCAGAGUGGGUAUGUGAGUAGCUCAAAGGAAGUGUCUGGGCAAGGGGACUCAGGCAAUCUGAGGAAUGUCAAAGUAGCCUCUUAAGGUAGAACCUAUUAAGAAAAGAGUUAGGGAGGUGCUGAGAAAGUAGCGCAGUGGUACCCUGCCCGUCCCCAUCAUGCCGUGAUGUGUUGGUGGGUCCCUGCCGCAGCCUAAUACAGCUUCAGCAUCUCAGCAUUGCAGAAGGGGCUGCUGGUUAUCUGGGAGUGGCCAGGGCCUCCGAUCUUACUUUAUAAACCAGAGAGAGGCGUCUCACGGCCUAAGCCACCUUCCUCAGGCCACAAACUGUCAGGCCAGGUUUGUUGGGAUGCCCAUACCUCCUGACGGAUUCACCCCCAACCCCCUUGCCAUUAGGUUCCCAUGCUGAGGAGGAGGGAGAGGAAUAGCAUGUAGGGCAGUGAUGUGGAACCUUUCAGAGCUUUCAAUGAUAACAACAGCCCGCUACAGCACCCAUGCCAUAGGCUCACCACCACUGAUCUAGGAAAUAUCAGCCCUUGUCUUUGUGACGGGGAGAUGGGGAGAAGGGAGCUGGAGAAGUUAGGAGUGGGAGGAGAGGGCUAUCUUUCCAGGGCUACGCAGGCACGCCAGACUUGGGAGGGUAGGAAUGUGGAGACUCUGCGAGCUGCAGCUGAUGAUCAAUACUGGAAUCAGGACUUUUUCCAGGACCACAGAGAAUUGAGAAGCUGUGGACACGGAGGGAGGGUGAAAGGCCCUCAGAAUGGACUAAAAAUCUAGAAGCAAAUGUGUUCAAGAACUUAAGAUGAUAUUAUUUAAUUCAGGGGCUAUUAGGAAAGCCAGAUGUUCCCCAGAGUCUGUAUUUCCUGCUAAACAAGGCAUGGAUAGUGUAUUUUGAAGUCUUGCUUGCCUGCCUUCCUUCGUUCCUUUUCUGGUGCUGGAGAAGGAACCCAGGGCCUUGUGCAUGCUAAACAAGCAUUCAACCUCUGAUCUUCACCCUCAGCCCCCCCACUUUCUUUUUUUAAGGGGGGAAAUGUAGAGAAAAACAUGCUGGUUUGUGGUAACAAGGCUCACAUGAGAAGGUCUCUUUUUGUCAACAACAGUUUCUCAGGCUAGGAAGCACAGGGCAGGAGGAGGACAACUAAAUUAAAAUGUGUUUCCAGUCUGUACAUGAACAAGUUAGUGACCCACAAAACUGAUUGGGCAAGAGCUCAAGAGUGCCUCCUUUAAAAAAACCAAAAUAAAGAAAGGGAUAGGGAUCAAAUGUGGGUUUCCUGUCCCACUGAGACUCCGACUCCCAUCCUGACACUGCCAGUGUGCUGGCAUCUGAAACAGUGUCUGCUUCUCCCCUUUACUGGGAGGCAAGUGAACUGAUGCACUGAAAUGAACUAUCCACAACUGGAGGCUUCUCCCUCCUGGAAGUGCUGUCUAUUGGGAUAUUAGCUGGUGAACGCAGAAGAAAUGAACAGGAAGGGGGUGUGUGACUGGAGGAAGGAAGGGAAGGGGAGACAGGGCUGAUUCGAGAGGUGGAGGACAAAGUACAGAACCCCAGAAAAGGGUGUUGGAGCUGUAGCCUGCUCGGCCCCUCUACCCUGGGAAAUCUAGAAAAACACAACUGAGGCCUUGGUGACCUUUGAGCAGAGCACAGGCUUGACAGGCUUCAGGCCGAGUCGUUUGGGGAGAUGACCCUGGAGACAGAGAGAAGGAGCACAAGAUCCUGAAGGACACACACCUGCUCUUGGAAAAAUAUGGACAACUUCUAUUAACUGCUGUGCUUCUCACGGUACUGUGUGUCCUUAACUUGGAAAUGUUCUCUAUGUGUGACUUUUAUGUUUGUGUUUAUAUGUCAAGAUGGGCCUUGUGAUUUCUCUGUCUUCAGAGUAUACUUCUUGUAAUUGCUAUUGCUAUUUUUUAUUGUGAUAACUGUCCUUGAGCUCUGGCAACUACAAGGAAAGGAAGUUAAUAUUUAUAUCACAUAAUUAUAUCAUUAUUGUAUCUUUGUA